AUGAGGUCUUGCAACCGUACUUGCAGAUUUCUGUCAAAUCCUGAUUUCACAUGUGAGCUUCGAGAUGUUCCUGUUGAUGGUUGUGGUUGCCCUGAGGGAAUGUACAUGAAUGACAAGAAAGCAUGCGUGAGCAGAUCUGAAUGCCCCUGCUAUGUUGAUGGUUUAAAUAUACCACAAGGACAAGUCCUUACUUGGAAUGGAAUGCAAUGUUUCUGUCUCAAUGGAAUUCCUUCCUGCCCUCAUAUGAGCAAUCCGCAAAUCUCACAAGAUUGCAAGAAAGAAAAUAAAAUAUUUUCAGAUUGUGCCACUGCUGGUGUAUGCAAGAGGACGUGUGAAACUCUGAACAAACCAUGUUCAAAACCAUGUGUCCCUGGCUGUGUCUGCCCUCACGGUUUGGUGGAAGAUUCCAGUGGAAGAUGCAUUGUACCAUCCCAGUGUCCUUGUUUAUUUAGAGGUGAAACCUUUGGUCCUGGAGAAACAAUCAAAAGUGACUGCAAUAAAUGCAUAUGCAAAGGUGGAACUUGGAAAUGCACCAAAGAUCCAUGUCCAAAGACCUGCCAUGUUUAUGGAGAUGGACAUUACAUAACCUUUGAUGGAAAACGAUACAGCUUUGAUGGCAACUGUGAAUAUAUUUUUGUUGAGGAUCAAUGUCUACGAGAGACUGGCACAUUCCAAGUACUGACAGAGAGUGUUCCCUGCUGUGAAAAUGGAGUGACAUGUUCAAGAAAUAUCAGAAUCUUAUUUGAGGAAAAAGAAAUAAUUCUGUUAAGUGGAAAUGGUGUAAGUGAGGUAUCGCUUCGCAAAAAUCAAUGCACAGAUAAAUCAUACACAGUUCACACUGUUGGACUCUACUUAGUCUUGACAUUUACCAAUGGGAUCACUGUGAUAUGGGACAAGCGUACAAGAUUUUCAAUCACAUUGGAUCCUAGAUGGAAGAAUAAAGUUUGUGGCCUUUGUGGAAAUUUCAAUGAUGACCUUGAAGACGACUUAACAACGAAGGGGAAUUCCUUGGUGACCAACUUUGUGGAGUUUGGGAACAGUUGGAAGUCCAUGCGAUCAUGCUCUAAUACAAUAUAUCAAAUAUUCCCUUGUGAAAGGAAUCCAUAUUGUUUAGCAUGGGCUCAAAAGAGGUGCAACAUAAUCACUGGCCCCGUCUUUCAAGCUUGUCAUAAAAUGGUUGACCCAACCCCAUAUUAUGAUGCUUGUGUCCAAGAAGCUUGUGCCUGUGAUAUGGAGGGAAAGUAUCUGGGUUUCUGUACUGCUGUUGCUGUGUAUGCAGAAGCAUGUAACAAAGCCGAUGUUUGUAUUCGCUGGAGAACCCCUGAUCUAUGUCCUGUGUACUGUGACUAUUAUAAUACCCCUGGUGAUUGCAGUUGGCACUAUCAGCCAUGUGGAACAAUAACAACAAAAACAUGCUCAGGCCAUUACGUUGGAAAAAAGUAUUCUGCAGUUCUUGAAGGUUGUUAUGCCAAGUGCCCAGAUAAAGCUCCUUACUUGGAUGAAAAUACUAUGAAAUGUGUUACAUUACCUCAGUGCACAUGUUACUAUGAUGGAAGGAUUUUAUUACCCGGUGAAACAACGAUAAAUGAUUGUGAAGAAUGUACAUGCUAUAAUGGAAUCACUACUUGCCGACGAGUAACAACCACAGCGGUUCCAUCUACAACACUAUUGACCACAACUCCACUGACAUCAACUUCAACAGCAAUUUCUUCAACAACCACGAGCACAGAGGAAACAACUACCACUGUGACACCAAUUACCACUACCUCCACAACUGAAGAAACAACAACCACAGAGACAACCACAACUGAAUCUACCACCAGUUUCACAACAGAGGAAACAAUAACAACAACAGCACUGACAACCACAACUGAAUCUACCACUAGUUCUACAACUGAAGAAACAUCUACAACCACCAGUACAACCGAAUCCACAACUGAGGAAACAACUACAACAACACCAACACCAACGACCACAACAGAGUCUACUACCAGUUCCACAACUGAAGAAACAACAUCACCGACAACCACAACUGAAACUACCACCAGUUCCACAACUGGAGAAACAUCUACAAUCACCAGUACAACUGAGUCCACAACCACUUCUACAACUGAAGAAACAACGACACCAACACCAACGACCACAACUGAAUCCACCACCAGUUCCACAACUGAAGAACCAACCACCACGGUGACGCCAAGCACCACUUCCACCACUACCUCCACAACAGAAGAAACAACAACACCAAUACCGAUGACCACAACUGAAUCUACCACCAGUUCCACAACUGAAGAAACAACCACAACAACACCGACGACCACAACUGAAUCCACCACCAGUUCCACAACUGAAGAAACAAUCACCACAGUGACACCAAGCACCACUUCCACCACUACCUCCACAACAGAAGAAACAACAACAACACCAACGACCACAACUGAAUCCACCACCAGUCCCACAACUAAAGAAACAACCACAACAACGCCGACGACCACAACUGAAUCCACCACCAGUUCCACAACUGAAGAAACAAACUCCACAGUGACACCAAGCACCACUUCCACCACAGCAGAGGAAACAACAACAAAACCAACGACCACAACUGAAUCUACUGCCAGUUCUACAACUGAAGAAAUAACAGCAACACCAACAACUACAAUUGAACCUACCACCAGUUCCACAACUGAAGAAACAACCACCACAGUGACACCAAGCACCACUUCCACCACAACAGAAGAAACAACAACAACGACCACAACUGAAUCUACUACCAGCCCCACAACUGAAGAAACAACCACAACAACGCCGACGACCACAACUGAAUCCACCACCAGUUCCACAACUGAAGAAACAACCACCACAGUGACACCAAGCACCACUUCCACCACUACCUCCACAACCGAAGAAACGUCGACCACCACCAGCACAACUGAGUCCACAACCACAUCCACAACUGAAGAAUCAACAACUCCAGAGACAACUACAACUGAGUCUACUGUUAUUUCCACAACAGAAGAAACAUCUACAACUGUGACACCAACCACCAUUUCCUCCACAACACGAUGCAAAGACUAUUUAGGAAAAUUAAGAAAUGAAGGUGAAUUUUGGCUUCAUCCCAAUAAUACAUGUAUUCACUUCAGAUGUACACAGGGUGUGGUAGUAGAGACAAAAUUUACAUGUUCUUCUCGCCCAAGCUGUAAUGAGGCUUCCAAAGUAUGGGAUGAAUUUCACUGUUGCUAUGAUUGUCCCUCAAAAGUCCAACAAUGUAAAGUUCAACCCAAGCGGAUUAAAUUAGCGAAGAACAGUUGUUCAGCAUUUGUUGAAGUGAAUUCAUGUGAAGGAUUUUGCAAGUCAUUUUCCAUAUUUGAUUCCAAAAGAAAUCGCAUGAUGCAGAACUGCAAAUGCUGUCAAGAAAGUGAAAUAGAGCAAAAAGAAGCAACACUGAAAUGCAAGAAUGGGAAGACUCAAAAGUACAAAUACACCUCUGCAAAGACAUGCACGUGCAAACUUUGCAAGGACAAAAGAUGGAUGUAG